UAAAUAUUUUUAAUUUUAGGGUAAAAAGAAAGUUAGGGCUACCAAAGACACCACGGCGUAUCAUCUCGACGCCUACAUUAUACACACAUAUCUCUGCUCUCUCUGUAGUAGAGAUUUCUCGUGUUCGGACCCAGAAAUUCAGCUAAAUCUCCGAUCAGUGAGAUGGGGGCCAAAGCAAAGAAAGCCAUGAUGAAGAAAUUAAAGAAAGGUUCAUCCCAAAAAGAUGAAUCUGCUGAUUUCUUGCCAUUAGAGGGCGGUCCUGGCCAUAAGCUUCCCAAAAGUGAAACUACGGAAAAUAAAGCUACAGUGCUCUAUAUUGGUCGAAUUCCACAUGGGUUUUAUGAGAAUGAAAUGGAAGGUUUCUUUAAACAGUUUGGCACCAUCAAGAAACUUAGACUUGCCAAGAAUAAGAAGGUUGGGGUCUUAAUUUUAUUAUUGCUUCUAAUUAUUGUCAUAUAUAUUAAAUUUAACUAAGCAUUUGUGAAUACAAAGCUAAAUUUGAAGAUUUGUUUGUUUAAUCAUAUCUAAGAAGAAUGGAAAUUUCUAAGAUUUUUAACCAUGUC